AUGUUGCAAGAUAAUUUAAAUAAUAUCAUAGCAGUCUUCUUAUUUUUUGCGGUCCAUGCUAAUUGUGUUCCCAAAUAUGACGACAGAGGUUUUAUACCAAGUUCGAUAACUUACAUGGAAAAAGUUGGAAAGGCACAGGAUCAAGUGGCGAUGCCAUCCCAAGCCGAAGUUCGGACUGAUACAUCAACGAAACACGGGGAGACUACGAUCAAUGAUAUCUCGGAUCGUAAUCAAGAAGCUCGAUUUGGUUUCACUAAUAUUGGAAGUUCUGGCUCUGGUUACGCUAUAUCACCGUACGCUCCAGCAAAAAUAGACUUGGGUGGACUUUUGUUAGGUGCUAUUAUAGGAGUUGGUUCCAUUCUUAUUAUUCCAAAAUUAUUAUACGUUCUGUCAGGUACCUAUGGAAAUUAUGCGAGAAGCGAAGAAAAUGGUUUUGCUCAAUCGAUGACAAAAUUAGACGACGCAUUGGCUCGUCACGGUAUAGAUACAACAUCUUGUAUGCAACGAGCCGUUUGUACUUAUUCACAGCAAGCUGCUGCAGCUAUAAAAGUAGCCGACGAGGAAAACGAAGAUGAAAAAAUAUCUUCUUUCGAUAGAAUGAUAGAUGCGAUCACGACAAAUCAAGUUUUUCGAACAGCUAUGCAAGGGACAGCGAUACAAGAGGCGGUAGAAGCAGGUCAUUCUGGUAAAAAUUGUUCGUAUUCUUAUCCUCAUUGUGGUUUCUCUUUGGAAACUAUGCUGUCACUUUUAUCAAACGUUAUAACGGCUGUCUCAACGGCGAACGCACGAGCUGCGUCGUCUACAGCAUCUUCGUUGCUAUAACUAUCUUAUCAUUAGUUAAAUAAAUAUAAUAUCUUUAUGUGUUAAACUUAUUUGUAUUUGAAACGUCGAAGAAAAAAAAAAAGAAACAACG